CACUUAACGCUACCUGUGUUCCCACGGGUAAACCAGUUUGUCACUGUACACGCAUUUAUAUCGGUUCCACCUAUAUCGGGGGCCGGUAAAAAAAAUAUUGUACUAUCUUCUUCCCAAAGAGUGUUCCCCCCUUCUUAAUUCCAUCCAUGGCAAAUCGCUGCUGAGGCAACGCUCGGGCAUAGAGAUUCCUGCUUACGGCGAACAUAUUGGAAAAAUCCGCCGCGCGUAUUGAUGUUGCUCUGUUCUCCGUAUCGGUAUGCAGCAGGCCUCAUCCAGCAACGGGGGAUCUGGUGCUGGAACAACAACCAGAGCAGGACGGCAGCGAUGUGCGGCACUAGAGGUACCAAUUUUUCCACUACAUGUUAUGUUAUUGCGGUAUUAGAGUUACAACAUCUACUAUUGGGGAACGAGCUGUGCGGCUAGUAACAGACCGGUCAUUUCUCGUUGCUACGCGGUGCAUUUGAUGACAAGAAAAAGGAAUUGGUUACAGCGAUAGGUUUUGGUGGCCUCCUUUUCUUCCCCCCCUCUGCGGCAAAUCAAUCGGAGGUUUGCUGUGUGGUUGAUGAGUCGGGGUUGAUCCACUCUCACAAAUGCUUGUGAUUGAUUCAGCCAAGCGAAUCAAAUUUAAUAAAGUUGACAUUGAGCAUGUAUUUGGUAUACCCUGCCGUGGAAGUAGCAUAUCUGAUUCAGGCAUGCCACGCAAAGAAAUUAUUGGCAAGGUCAUGGGACUAUACCUUGGAGAUGGUGCUAAAGAAAAUCGUAGUAUAAAAGCUGUUCAAGAGGUACUUGAGAGGAAUUAUCGCGGUGAAAUGUCAGAGAAUGAACAAAACGCAUUUAAGGUGGCAUUUGUCAUAUUUGUUAUGUCCACCGUCCUAUCACCUGGAUCAAAGUAUGAUUAUGUGUCGGUUGACUAUUGGAAUGCUCUUGUAGACACUUGUUGCAUUAAGGACUUUGACUGGUCUGAAUACGUUCUCCACAAGCUAUUCCAAGCUGUUGCUAAACUUAAAACUGAGCUCAAAUCCAGUAACAAGGUUACAAAUAUCACGGGUUGCUACAUUUUCCUGCAGGUACUGUAUCUGGACAGUUUGGACUUGGGCGUACUAAAUAUGCCUCACUCAACAUUUCCUCGAAUCAGGCAUUUCUCAUCCGAAAAAAUGAAGUCUAUGGUUCUAGCUGAUAGCUUGGGCCGACCUGAUGAUACCAAUGAUUCUGAAUUUGGAAAAACACAGUUUCGUGAUGGCUAUGCCUUGUGCUACUCAUGGGCAUGUGAUUCAUUCAGUGCUGAUCUUGGUAGGUUGGGCACAACCUUAUAUGGUCUAUGGGAGGUUGCCUGCUCCUUUUCACGUGCUAUUGGUGUCCAUACCAAGGCUGCUGGACCUUUGUUCUUUGCUGUUGCUGAGUUUCAGAGUUUGGGCAACUGGGAACAGUUUAAUCAAGCAUUAACUAUUGCAGCUGUUCUAACAUCCAUAUUUGAGCCAUACACAAAAGGUUAUUUCUACAAUGCUGGGCGCAGUCUUGAACUCUCAUGGCUAGGGUCUGAUGUUGAUCGUAUGCUGAAGGAGUCAAUACUAUUUGUAUGCUCAAAUUGGCAGAACACUUGCAAUUCGGAUGUCAUUGAAACAUCCAGUAAUAAUGAAGCUGAUUAUAUAGUCGAAACUGGCACUUGCAGAUGUCAUAAACGAUCUAGGCCUGCAACAUUCCACAGCAAUAUUCUCAUGGCAAGCAAUGACAGUGAAAAAAGUCAACAUUUGUCAACUUUGUUCGAUAUACAACAUUUCAGUACUUCCAGCUCAGCUUGUGAUCCCAGGACAGGGUAUGACACAUUCAAACGUUCGAUGAUUGUCCGUAUAAUGUCACGAUUCUACAUAUCACUAAGCUGUCUGGAUAGGCGUGCCUGCUUGCGCACUCGCCACACUAUGAACCAUCUUGACAGUACUAAUAAUUCAGGCAUUGGUCAUAACUGGCCUGUCAUAUAUCACUGUAUCCCAAAGCAUAUUGAGGUCACAAUUGGGACUUUCAAAUCUCAGCUAGAUGGAAGUCCAGAAAUUGUUAUGGACAUGUUUGAUGCAAUUAUUAGUCGGUACAACGAAUUGUGCGACUCUCAACAUAAAGUCGGUUCAUCUGCACGAACGCGCCAUUUGUUUGAAUCCAGUUUUCUUGGGUCGAUUCUGGCUGGGAUGUUCGAUGUCACUAGUCCAUUGAUUCGUGACCAGAUAGUUGGCACCCACAUAACAUACAAGAUUUCGUCAUGCAGCAUGAUGCUUUUCCCAUGUAUCAUUGGCCAUCGCUGGGUUUCAUAUGCAUGGUGCCUUCAAACAAAUACAAUAUUUAUAUUUGAUCCAAUCUGCAAUGAAACUACUGUUGCUGAUAUGAUGCCCGAACAUAUGUAUGUUACUGGAGAGCUAAAGAAGGCUAUCAAAAUUGUCAUGAAGGAAUUGGUAACUGAAUGGAAUUAUGAGUGGGAUUCUGUUGCUAUCGAUAUUAUCUAUUACAAUAUAUCAAGAAUUAGUUGGACUAACAAGACUGGACAUAUCGUGGCUCAAUUUUGCUUGAAGUUUGAUGGUUCAGUUGCAUCGCUGUCAAGCAUUACUGACUUAUCCUCUGCAAAAUACAGACUUGCUAACUGAUGCACUCAAUUUGAAUGGAAACCAAGGGAUAAUUCCAGAAGGUUUAUGGUAAAAAAAAUGUUAGCUUCAUCAAAUCUUGUACAUGUUAGUUAGUUUAGUUGUUUUCUGUUGGAUAGAGUCCAUGCGCACGAGGACACGUUCGGUUGUGUGAUCCCGUACGCGUAGGCGGGCGUGGUGAGGGUAGCUCGCGACGUCCGAGUCUUGGGCCAUCGUGUGCUCACCCGUCGCGCGUCGUGGGAAUGGACGCGGCAUAUGCGCGGCGAGAGAAGCCCUCAUGUGCUCGUUGUAAUCGUCCAAUAAAAGGAGGAAGAAAACCAUAAAAAGCUACAGCUUUGUCGCAGCACCAAA